GCGCGGAUUGAGAAUCGAACGAGCGCGUAUGGUGGGUACAUAGUUCGCUGACUCGCCGCUGCGCGAUGGUGGCGAUGGGGAGCAGCAGGCGGCACCAGAAUAUUACGAAAAGAACGUAAAUGAUGAAAAUACAAAAUAAAUACACCGCAACAUGCGUUCACAUCGUUCACAUGGUUCAUAUAGCAGCAUGCAAGACGAAAUUAACAAACAAGUAACGACAUUGUGAUCUUUUAUUUUAAAUAUGAAAUAAAACAAGAAGUAUAAUUAGUUGUGCCCUUUUAUUACUGUGCGACUUAUUUGUCUGUUAUGAGGAGUGAAAUAACUGCUUUUUUCAACAAUGAAUUUGGUUGAUUGUGUGAUCGAUGAGAUUGCGCUUGAAGGUUUAGAUGGUAUAACUUUGGAAGCGCUAUGGGAUCGGCUAGCAUUGAGAUUCCAUGAAAAAGUUGCCCCAUCAAAAGGAUUUAAAGAGCAAGUAUGGUAUAUAUGCUUGCAUGUAAGACAGCUGUCGUUUUUUUUACUGGAAAAGGAGCGAGACAAGCUCAUCAUUUUCGAUCGGUAUGAAUUUGUUGAUCCUGAUCUUGGAAUAAUUCUUGAAUCGGAAGAUGCGCCGGAUGACAUUUAUGAGCACUGUCCUAUUGACGAUGUGAAAAAUGGCAUAAAAGGUUCUUGUUCAACGUAUUAUACACGAAAAAAUGCGAGCAAUGAGGUGCAGGAUUUGACUGUGCACGAGGCAGAGGCUAAGUAUGGGAGAAAAUUGGUGAUAGUCGCGUCUCAGACUGCGAGACAGCAUGCUCUGAUGGACAAAUCGGUGAGCCCGAUUCUCGAACUUACUGUGAUACAGUACUGUUUCUUAGAAAGAGUUGGCAGAUCUAGAUAUCAUGGCGAAGUGACCCAUGGAAAAUUGAGUUUGGGUCUGCUGAAGGAAGAUCCAAGCUCGCUAUUCUACCACCGAAAAUUCUUAUUGCGACACAAACUUGUGACAAAACAGCCGCAUCAUCAAAAGAGCAAUGGCCAAGGUUAUAGCGGAAGUUUAUUGCAUUUACCCCGAUUUUAUGUCGAGAGAAAGCCCAAAGUCAUUUUCCUCGCUGAAAAAGUUAUCGAAAUUUUGAAAUCGCGUCCUAACCAAGUCGCCGAAUACGCCGAGAUCAAGAAAGAAUUGGGGAUCAACAAUUCUAUCAAGAAACUGUUCAAAACGUCUUUUUUUCAAAAAGUUGUAAAAACUGAUCUGCUUGUGCCCUGGAGAACGUUGUAUCCGGAUGCCGCUGAUGCUGAAUGGCAGUGCAAAAAUAAUUCGGCAAAAGAGAAAUCAUUGAGGGUGGUUCAGCUCAUAGAUCCGAACAUGGAUAUAAACGAUUUGUGGAAGGAUGAAUUUUUCGUAAUCGAGGACGAGGAUCCGUACGAGUUGGAUAUCAGUCAACAAGAGUACGCGGUAUCAUUUUUGAGACAAGCGAACGUAAUAAUCGAAGCCAGCGGGAGCGAAGGUCUGAGUCAAACGGAAUUGGCAAUAAAAAUGGGAUUACCGAAUUUACAGGCCCGCUCGAUCAUUCGUAAUUUAUCAAAAAUGAACAUAAUCGCCAUGUACAUGCAGGACAUGGGUCGCCAGCGUGUGACCAAGUACGUAUCGCGAAAGUUCGCGAACGGAGCUCACGUCGAACAGUUUAAGCGUGAAAUGUCAAAGAUGAAAAAUCUUACGAAGAUCGGAAUUGAAAAAGAGUCUGCUACUGAUGGCAAAGAAAAAACAUUAAAAUUAUCGAGCGACACACAAAAAACGGAGACAAAGACCGUUACCGCUGCACCGAUUCUCGAGAAAAAGGACGAUUCGAGUUCGCUUGAUGCAGCCAGAAAAAUCCUCGGCAAAUACAAAUUGACGGGUCUGAAACGAAGUUACAAGAAAACCUUUUGCAACGUGGCAGAGUCGAAACAACUUCCCGUCGUCGCCGUUAAACGACGCAAGUUAACCAAAGACAAGAAAGAUAUUUCAGAUAAUUUGAAGAUAGAGGAAGUGAAAGAAAAGCUGUUCGGCGAUCAACCUGCUGCGCAACGCUCUCGUUCGAACGACAUUAUUUCGCUGUAUGAUUUGUCUGGCGCUGAUAUGACGAAUACCGUAUCCAACGUUACUUACAGGCUGCUCAAACGUGCUAAUAUUAUCGUCGAAGCCGUGAAAAAGCACAAAGUUGUCGACGAUAUGACCAAAUUGAUGAAGUUCAUAACCGAAGAGGAGGAAAGAGAGGGAUACGAUGUGAAAAUCGACAAGAGAUCACUCAUAAGAUUGCUGCAGAAAUUAGCAAGAGACAAUUUGGUCAAAAACAUAAAACUGACUCUGAGCACAAACAACAAGAAAAAAAAUUUAACUUUCAUAUGCGAUUCGAGUAUUGAUGUGAAUCAUACGGUGAUAAAAUCAGCCGUUGAACAGGCUAAAAUAAAGCUUUGUCUGACCGGAGGACGAAGAGUCAGAACGGUACUGCAAUCGAACGAUGAGAAACUCGAAAUAUCAGGGGAUAGCGCGACGGAGAAAGUGGAAACUAUUGAGGGAUUGACAGGAAAUGAGGAAGGAUCGAAAAAAACUUUGCCACCCGAUCUCGUCUACGAUAGGAAAGCCGGAGCACGCUAUGGUUACGCACCAAAAUUCAUUCGUAUGCAAACCCUCCAUACUUAUAUUUAUUACUUGAUAUAUCAACAUCCCGGCAAGCCCACCGAGUCACGGGAACAACUGAUCGAAGUGUUGCGAACGAAGGGAGUUUCGAUCGAUGAUAAGUUGGAAAAGGAUAUGGGCGAGAUAUACAACACGGAAAUCGGUUGGAAAAUGUUUGUGCCACCGUUACCUAAGCACAGUGGUUGGCCAACCGGAUGGGCUUUGAUGUGUGACAUUUUACUUCGUAUGCCACUAUCAAUAUUCUUCAAACUCCACAAGGUAUUGUACGUUGUACCGGAACUGGAGGAAUACAUAAAUAAUCCAAUACGGAAGCACGUACUGGUGAAGGACAUUCCCGCGCCAAUCAGAAACGUUUUACUCUUACGUCGUAAAUACAUAUUCAGUAUACACGACAGUAUUUUGCGGUUGUGUUACAUCGGUCUGCUGCAAUUCGGACCACAAAAGUUCAAAGAGAAGGACAAACUUUUCAUCUAUCUCAAUCGGAAAACUCAAAUCAUGGAUACCACGUCGUCGGCGGCUCAUUAUCACAAAAUCGAGGCUAAAGUUUAUCCCGUUGUACGAUACACGUUUACCUCACUCCAAACGGUCGAUAAGUAUUGGUACAAAUUGUGGAUGACCUGCGUAAAUACUCGUCUCGGAGGUCGUCUCGUCGUCCAAGGGGAGGACAUAAUUCUCGAGGAUCUGACUAAAAAGAACGAAAUGAUCGAGGCAACGAAACCCCGCUCACCGGAAGAAGCUUAUACCAUGGACAACGGCGACGUUCCCGGUGAUCGUAUGGGCGCAGCUGGCAUCGACUCCGCAUUUUUCGCCCAUCUGAAGCGCAAUUGGAGCUCCGAAUCCUCCAGUUAUCCCACGGAUCGUUCCGAUUCGGGACUCAACGAAUCGCGUGAAAAAAUCACGAAUCCCGAGACGAAACGCGGCAGCGGAGGUGGCGACAACAAAAGCAACGACUCCAAAUCGUCGAAAGUCAAAACAAAAACUUUCAAAUUCACGGAUUAUCAUGGUCUUCAAAAAAUUACCGGUCCCAUAACGAUCGAUGCUAUAGACUUGAGGAAAACUAUAACUAAAAAGUCCACCGGUGGUGCUCGCGAUCUAACGAAAGGUGGUGCGUCACAAAAAUCAAAGACGAACAACGCCAGUGGUGCUCCGUUGAGCGGUUUGAAGAAUGGCAGAGCAGCCAACAGAGAAAGGUCUUACGUAAGGCGCGUGUUGGCGCGUCCGAAGCACGUUCGCGGGCGAGUAAAGUACGACGAGAUAGAUAAUAGCGCGCUGCAACGGAUGGAAAAACUUCGAGUCGAUUGGGACAAUCGAGAGGACAACAUAUUGCUCGUUUGCAAGGUGGCCAUGAUGUAUCUCUGCCCGAAGCCCCGCAAACAAAUGAUCGGAUUCACUUCGGUUCGCGAUGUUUUGCGCUCGUAUUCUUCGACGUCGUACAACAAAACCUCGAGAGCUUGUCAGAGGCGCCUUCUGUACAUGCUCAAAAAGCCCGAGACCCACCACAGCGUGACUCUUGGAGUAGAGGAAUUGAAGCAGGACUUUUACGUCGGGCGUCGCUUCGGGGAGAAAAUCGAUCAACUGAAGAGAGAUCAUCGGGGUACGCACAAAUAUUACGAGCAAGUUAACCUCGUGUUCCGCGAUCUCGUGGCUCACAUUGCCAAUAAAUAUUACGAUAUAUCGGACAUCGGAAGAUCGUCGUUGAAUUUAACCCCGCGGACCGUCGAGGGAUUUCAUUUGUUCAACCGAGUCAAAUACCCCCGGAAAGGAGGAGGGCCAGGCACAAACGUAACGAGUUUCAAUGACGAAACAAGUAACGACAUACACUCAUCGACCAUCAAUUCGGUCAUUCACAGCUCCAUGUGCUGCGUCAAAGAUCGAAGGUCCUGGGCAUAUCAACUGUUUCGUAUUUAUCAGCAAUACCCCGAGUGGCUGCUGCGAAGCGCAAUGGCCAAAAUUCGGCUUGAUCAAAUGGUCACUGUUAAGAAAAAUUAUGCUUUCGCGAUCAGAAAACAGUCGAAUGCCUGCAUGCCGAUGAGCAGCUCGCAGUAUCAAUUGAGCUCGGGUUACCUACAGAAAUUCAACACCAAAUUUCCCUACACCGCUUUCGACGAAGCUUACCAGUUUUUCGAUCAAUUGGCCAAUCAUUACAGCGAACGUGAGCUCCAGCCUGGGGCUGCUGAUGGGACAAACGAGAUGAUAACUUGUCCCGUAAACGGUGGAACCGUCGCCGCUAUUCACGACUUCAUCAAUAUUGAUCAAUUGGAAUUUGAUAUAGAAAUUCCACGACAUAUUAUCAUGCUCGAUCCGACGUUGCAGAAAGACGACGAACGAUACAUCAGGAUUGCUCGCCGAUAUCAGGACCUCUUGAGAAACUUGGAGCACGUUGAUAUCGAUGGAAUCCUUGAGAGCAGCGAGUCUUCUCAGGCACAGCAACAGAAACAGCCGACACCACUCGUUGAUGAUCAGCUUCCCUCAAAACCUGCUGCGUCUUCACCACGCCUCACUCCUCCUCUUCCUCCUCGUAUCGUUACCGAAGCUCAUGAUGGCGAGAAAAGUGUGCAAUCACAAGAUAAGAAAUCUUCCUCCAUGUGCUCGAAAUAUUCCACUUCUCAACGCUCUCAAGCCAACAAAGAUGACAAAAAUAACAGCAAUGGUUCUGAGCAUGAUCUGGAAGCGAAAAAAACUGUACCGCAACUCCCGAAAUCUCAAGAUUUCCAUGACACCAGUAUCAACCCGGCAGAUCAGGAACGUGAGACUGAGGAUGAGUUUUUUUCGAACGAGGAAAAUUGCUGUAACGAUGAUGACAUCGAGGAGGAACAGGACGAGGACGAGGACGAUAAUCUCAUUUGUUUUAUCGACGGAACGAAGAUUCGUUUGACUGCGGAAGAUAUCGAGAAUUCGGGUUUUCAAGUAGAGAUGAGCUCCCCCCUUAAAAACAAACCCGCCAGGAUUCCACAAGAUUCGGCCAUUCCCGCUGUAUCGAAUCCCGGGGAUAACAAUGAUUUGGACAUGGAGGUCGAGCCUUUGAAUGAGGAGCCGAACAAAGCCUCCGAGGAAUUGAACGAAAAGGACUUGUCAACGGUCGUUGAUGAAAGUGAUUGUCAAAUGGAUGAAACGGAGUUACCUCAACAGAUCGAUCCCAGCGACCGUGACGUACCAUCCGAUCACGUUCGAGUCAACCAACUCAUCGAGCGAAGCAACUGUGAAAAAUUUCAGCUCUCCUCCUCUCAUCAUCGAACGUGCGAAUCGUCCAACGAUAUGCAAAAACGUUACACGAGAUUGGCGAUGCUGCAAAUGCGCGAGGAGCUGAGCGAUCUCGCCUCGAGCGAUAGUCACCACGCUCACGAGUACUUCGUUCUGAAUAUGUUCAAAAUUUAUCAUUCACUUCGCCGUUCGAAUGUUGAUAAAGAAGCCACUGCUGCUGCUUCUUCUGAUGGUUCCUCCAGCGGGCCAGAAUUACCCCCAAAAGAGUUGCUGGCACUGAAUCGCCAAAAUUACAGCGCGAUUAUCGCUGAUCUUAAAAAAUUCGCUAUUUUCCCAAAAGCAGCAACAUCCGGAGCGUCGUAUUAUAAAUUUAGGCAAGAUCUCCCCGAAAGCGACCUCUUCAAACGUGGCUUGGACGCAGUUUACGAAUUUAUCCGUGAUCGACGAGAAGUCGGAGCGAGUCUUUCCCAACUUUUGACGAAAUUCUACAGCAUUCUCGGCGAUCAGCUGUUCGACAUUUUAUCGGUCUUGAAGCAAGGCCGAAUAGUACUUCGCUCGGGUGUAACCAACACUCGUUAUGUUCAUCAAAAUUACGCCGACCCAUGGCUCAUACAUUCGUACAAAAUAAUGCGGCUCCAAAAAGAGGCUCAUCAAAAUCUUUCGCCCGGAAGUCUCUACGUCGUUCCGGAAGAGAAAAACAAAGAAACCAACGAAGGGAGGCAAACUAGCAAGAACAAUCAAAUAAACGACAGCCUGGAAAGUAAUGAAGCGAUGGAAGUAGCGACGAUUGAAGAGAAGCAGGAAAUCGAGGAAUGUACGAGAAACGAUCAAGCGGCUCCAGAUGAUUCCGAAACAGCGAAACCGAAUCAAUCGAAAAUGCAAAAAAGUCGAACGUGCUUGCUACCGACGAAGGAUAUUUAUCGAGCAGCUAAACAGUUGGAUCUCGACACAGCGGAGGAAAUCAGAGUUGUAGUUAGACCCUGGAUACGCAUCGACGGAGCCUUAAAUCGACGUGUGUUGGAUCGUAUGCUGGGUGGAAUAUUGGCGUAUUGUCUCAUGCAUCCGGGUGUUCAUUUGACCAAAGUUGAAGAAAAAUUUUCCCCAGCUAUCCAACCGUUCCAUACUAAGGAGCUCGUUGAGAUCCUCAUGAGAUUGAAAUGCCUAAAAACGGGCUGUACGAGGAAAAGUCGAAUUACGCUGUUUUCAAAGAGUUCAUCGCUACGAGCGGAAUUCUCGAGCAUGCCAAAACGUUGCGAAUGGCUGGAGGAAGAGAUCGUAAUCGAGCCAACGCUCGAUGCUACAGUGAACUUUUCCAUGUUCUUGAGCAAUCGGACAUACGCAUCGAAUUUUUUAGCAUAGAAUGCGUGAUAAUUUAUCUAAAGUUUGAGCAAACCAAGCUCAAAUUGGAACAUAAUUUUUUUAUACUAUUUAUUCAAAUUAUUAUGUAAGUAACAAAUUUUAACGAACUCCUUCGAAAUAAAGCAAAAAUUGAAUUCUUUUCCAA